CUCGCUUGCGCCCCCAGCCCCCAGCCCCCAGCCCUACCCCGCCACCGCCGCCGCCGCCCUCUCGUUAAUCGGCACGUCGCUACGACGCCUGCUUGCGUCUCCACCGUCUCCACUGCUCGUCACCAUGGGCGCAUUGAACCUGAUCCCGCUCGUCAUUCUCUUCGCCGUCGUCGGCGGCAUCGGAUGGACCAUGUACCAGAUCUUCCUCUACUCCAACGAGCUCGCCCAGCGCGGCACAAAGCACAUGGAGAAGAAAAACGUCGUCUUCUCAAAGGACGGCGCUAAAGUCGGCGUCAAGGAACUCACCGCUGAGAAGUACACCGAUAGGACGCAGAAGGCGUUUGUCAAGACGUGGAAUGCCGCGAAUAACAGUGGUGCGCCUGCUUCACGGAAAAGUACGAGGUAGCGAGAUUGUACGUGUAUACGGGGGUUGAGGGCGGGGAUGAGGGUGUAUAGCCGUGGGAAAGCGCGUGCACUUGUUUCUUUGCUUUCUUUCUUUUUUUUAUCUUGUUUGAGGGGGGGGGACUGCUUGCUGCUUGCGCAAUCACCCCCCCCCCCCUGCACUGGGCGGUCGCCCUUUUUUUUUGUCGCAAUUCUACCUACAUCUGACCCAUCAGCGUGCGGCAGAUCCGCGAUCGGACACGCAGGGAUGCAGCAGAGAUGACGUUUCACGAGCACGAGUAGUGAUACGUACGUACAUAUGUAUUGUAUAGUACAUGUCAUGCGUGGGCGAGCACGUGUGUGGGCAUGUGAAAUUGCGUACAUAUA